AUGUUAUGGUCCAUAGCAGCUGGUCUUAAUGUUACUCAUGAAGUUGGUCUUCUCCACGGACAUAUACGCGGAGGAAAUAUAUUAGUUCAAAACGAAGCAGAUUCGAUAAAUACUAGAAUCGCGGAUAAUGGCUUGCACGGUCCACUCUUUUUAAUGGAAAUACGCCAACGAAAAGAGUAUACACGAGAAAUAAAAGCAGAUUCAAUAGAUACUAGAAUCGCGGAUAGUGAAUCACCUAUGUCUUCUCAACAAAAUCGAGAUUCUGAUUUAAUAGAUUUUGCUCUAACUUCAGAAGAAUUGAAAUGCCCAACUUCUGGAAAAUGUUAUUGUGGUAAGGAACAAAGCA